CAGAGUAGGAAGUGCAGUUUGCGGUAACCGUGAAUUGAAAGUACGCCAUAAAUAUGGCGCCAAAAGAGUUUUCAAGCUCAUGAUAGGAGCCGAGUUGGUUCUCCGCUCUUGCUCCUGCGUGCGUUGCGUUUCUUGGGUGCGGGUGGAGGACGGCGGUGGUGGCAGCGGCGGCGGCGGGGGAAAGAGGAGGCUGCUGAGGCGAGAGCCGCCCGCGUGCGUUUGUGCUGAGCGGCGGCGCGCGGGCACAGCGGGGCAGGAGGAGGAGGAGGAGGAGGAGAGGAGGCAAAGUGGAGGAGCAAGUGGAGACGAGGAGAGCUGCGUUUGAUUUCUGAAGGAGGGACGUUGCGAAACUGGCUUGUAAUCUUUUCUGACUCAUCGUUUGCAUUUUUAUCAUCAUUUUUAGAGGUUAUUUAUUUAUUUUUCUGCACAGCUGGAGGUUGUUUUUGACUGUUUCCCCUCUUAUUUAUUUUUGUGUGGAAAUGCGACAUGCUUUCCUGUGAGCCGUGCGCGGUGCGCACCUCACAGCCUGCCACACCGUGAGGAGGAGGAGCACCGGUGUCUGCUCCGGACUUGUGCGGCACUGAUCCUCCGCCACUUUUUGGAGGUUUAUUUUCGGAUUUUGGACCCGGUCUUUCGCAGGGCUCACGCGCUGUCAGCGCGCGCGCGCCGUGAGGGGCGGGGAAGGCAGGGGAAGGGACGGUCCUGUCACCCCCGUGCGCUUCAAGUGUCGGGGGGGUGGGGGGUUUAGCAGCGCUGCUAGCAGCCUGCCAGGGCACCGAGUGGGCAAACGGGAUUCUGUUUACCUUCAUGUGCCCCGCUCCCGAUGAUCUCCUAACCUCGCCGUCCGCCACCAAGGACGUCCGUGUUCCGCGCGCUGACCGCCAUCAAGAUGGAGAGCGAAAAGAAGAGGAGGAAAUACUCCACGAGCAGCAACGACUCUGACACCACUGACAGUCCAGUGACGUCGUGGUCCAGGUUGUCCAAGAGUGCAGUCACCAGCAGCACAUGGGUCCACCACCAGCACAAGAAACCAUCAGAGGUGUUUCGUACAGACUUCAUCACGGCCAUGAAGCUGCCAGACUCUGCCCAGCUCGGCCCAGACGAUUUCUACGUGCUCUCCGACCCCUGGAGACAGGAGUGGGAGAAGGGCGUGCAGGUCCCGGCAAACCAGGAGGCCAUACCAGAACCUGUGGUCAGGUGUCUGCCGGCAUCCUCAGGUGAACUGUCUAACAACGGACGGCAAAAGGACAGAGAGUCUCAUCUUUCCCGCUCUCAGCCGUACACCUGCUACGACCUGGAUGACCUUGAUGUUGCCUGGCUGCAGCUGGUCAACCAGGAGUUUAGACAGAUGGCCUUACCGGAGCUGGACGAGCUCACCAUGGAGUGCGUCCUGGUGGAGAUGGAGAGUGUGUGCCAGGAGAAGAUGCAGCAGGCCAUCGAGACAGAAGAAGGCCUGGGCAUCGAGUACGACGAGGACGUGGUUUGCGACGUGUGUCGCUCGCCGGAGGGGGAGGACGGAAAUGAGAUGGUCUUCUGCGACAAGUGCAACGUCUGCGUCCAUCAGGCGUGCUACGGCAUCCUGAAGGUACCACAGGGGAACUGGCUGUGUCGGACUUGCGCUCUGGGGGUCCAACCAAAAUGUCUGCUUUGUCCCAAGAGAGGGGGGGCCCUCAAACCCACCCGCAGUGGAACCAAGUGGGUCCACGUCAGCUGUGCCUUAUGGAUCCCUGAGGUGAGCAUAGGCUGCCCGGAGAAGAUGGAGCCCAUUACCAAGGUGUCCCACAUCCCUGCCAGCCGCUGGGCUCUGUCCUGCAGUUUGUGUCGAGAACACACAGGAACCUGCAUCCAGUGCUCCAUGCCCUCUUGCAUUGUGGCCUUCCAUGUGACGUGUGCUUUUGACCACGGGCUGGAGAUGAAGACCAUCCUGGCCGAGAACGACGAGGUGCGCUUCAAGUCCUUUUGCCUGGAGCACAGCUCCGGCUCAUCCGUCGUCAGCAACGGCGACUGCGUCAACGGACCGCACGCCGCGGCCAGACCCAACACCCGGCACGGCGCCGGUGACGGUCUGCUCACGGACCAGACGCGGAACCCGAAUGGAAGUGGCGACCUGGAGCAGAGGUCGACACCCUAUUUGGUGUCUGCGUCUGAACGAGCCGAACGCGACCAGCUGGAGAGGGAGAAAGUGAGCCAGAGGAAGCAGAAGCUCCAGGAGCUGGAGGAUGAGUUUUACCAAUUCGUGGACCCGGGAGAGGUGGCGGAAAACCUGGGACUACCCAUCCCACAGGUGGACUUCCUGUAUCAGUUCUGGAAGUUAAAGAGAAAGGCGAACUUCAACCGACCUCUGGUGACUUUAAAGAGGGAUGAAGUGGACAACCUGGCCCAGCAGGAGCAGGACGUCCUCUACAGGAGACUCAAACUCUUCACUCACCUGCGACAGGAUCUGGAGAGGGUGCGUAACCUGUGCUACAUGGUGACACGGAGGGAGAAAAUGAAGCACAGUCUGUGCGACCUCCAGGAGAAGAUCUUCCAUCUGCAGAUACAACUUCUGGAGGAGGAAAUGGCUGGAGAGAACGAGAAAACCCAGAAAGGAGAAAAGAGGAAGCUGAAUGGAGUGAAGGAGAAAGGGAAGGACAGAAGGAAGAGUAGUCCUGAGAAGACAAAGGACAGAAGGAAGAGUAGUCCUGAGAAGACAAAGGACAGGUGGAAGUCAGAGAAGGGCUCUCUGCUGAAGGAGCUAGGUUUGUCAAAGUCCUUCCCGUUGGACAACUCUUUGUUCGACAGUUGGCUGGCCCAGUCGGUUCACAUCACGGCUGACAACAUGCUGAGCCAGUGGGCUCUGGGGGCGCAGCAUCGCGACAAAAGCGGCAGCCUGCUCUCUGACCAGCUCCUGCAGGGUGAGGAGAGCCUGCUAAACCUGAUGAUGGAGAACUCUGUCCAGUCCACCUGGAAGACCCCACAGCUGGGCCGCAAGUCGAGAGGGAGCAGCAGGUCUCGCUCUCGAGGGCCGAGCACCACUCCCCCCCAGCCUCAGACGCUCCUUUCUGCUGCAGCUGCUUCCUCCGCCUGCAGCCCCUCCACCGCCACCAGCCUCUGGACGAGUGCCGCCGAGUCCUGUAACGCCGGCCGCAAAGGUGAAAGGUCCAGGGGCCCCGCCAAGGGCCUGCACCACCACGCUCAUCACCACCGGACCAGGAGCUCUGACCUUCACCGCGACCCGCCGCCACAGCCGCCCAUCUCCAAAAUGGACUCCUGCCACAUCUCGGAUGACCGCGGUCCGUGGCCGAGCGUCAAAGUGGGGAACGGGGUCGCAUCGGGCGUUGGGUCUGGUUUUAUGGCCACCUCAUCGCCCCUCUCCGCCUCCAGUCCCGGAACCACAGUGCCCGACUCCAUACUUGCCGGUGGUCUCACACGGUCCCGCUUGACCCGCAAAUCAAGAGGGAGGGGAAGCGUGGGCGGGCCGGAGUGCAUGGACCUGUCUCUGGCGGGAAAGGAAAUGUCUCUGUUAGACGCUGCUGAGACUGACGGCUACUUCUCUGACGGCGAGCAGAGCGAUUCGGACUUGCGCUCCGGCGCUCUCCGGCUGCCACAGUUGCACUCUGGAAACGACGACCUGCUGAGGAGGAGCGUGCUGGCCUCUUAAAGAACAUGGAGGCAGCCGUGGUGGGAGGGGCCUACUCAACCAAAUUCCUGUUACAUCCAUAGGUGGAGAAUGUCUUCAGCUCUUGUCCUGCUUUUUUUUAAUUUAGAGGGGAAUUGAAUGUAGCUGUUGUUUAGUAAGGCGGCUUCACUGGGCCUCAGCUACCUGUUAGCUCAUCAUAGGACAAAACAGUCGAUACUUUUGGGUUUUUUUGUUUUGUAUAUUUCAGAACAGUUUUGUUUCUGGGUGUCCAAGUGCCCAGCUUCGGCCUCGUGUCUGUGGUAUCUGCCAGACUUGAGAACACUUUGGGGCAUUAUUAUUAUUACUCAAGCUGGUUUCAGGGUAUGCUCGAUUCCUGGUCUCGGUGGCCUGAGUUGCAUCCAACGAGUCCUCGUUUUUCUUGAAAAAAGUUCGGUAGAACGACUCUUACACACCAGAACGGCUCUGAAUACGUGCAGAAAGUUACACGGGAAAACAUGUAUUCAGCCUUGAAAAGCACAAAGAGCUGCAUUGUACGCACUCCGGUGAAGCCUCAUUCAGGGUUGGGGUCAAAUUUCUUUGGAUUGACUAGUUGCAAAACCGAAGCCUUUAUUCUCCGAUCUGUUUUAUGUACAGCUUUUGUGGGUUUUUUUAAUUGGCAAAGAGAUUGCCCCCAGCCCUGAUGCUCCUUCAGACUGUCACACAGCAACACAAACACAGACUCACACCUAAACGACUACAAGGAAAUCCCAUAGCUCACAUCUCAGCCGUUGUAUAGAUCUUUGAUGUGAUCUUCGUUAGCUGCUGUCGAGUUCUUCCUAAUUGGUAUUUUGACAAACCCCCUUAAUCUUUAAAAGAAUCGCAGAAACUUUGUGCCUUCUGUCGCUCGCCCUAUGGUACUUUAUCCCCGCACCCAAAGUUCUAAAAAAAUCAGCCAAUCACUAAGUCAAUCAAUCAGUUGUUUCCUAAACGAGAAAACUAUCAAUCAGUCGUUUUUUAUUAAUCGGCUUAAUAACAAUCAUAGCGAACGGAACGCCCACCGCACUGAUUACUGCACGUAACCGCACCGGGCUCCUUGUCACCUUAAAAUAGUGCCUAAAAAUGAUGUAAAUGCAACGUUUGACAUUUAUCAGCAGAUAUUGUGUGCAGCACUUUGGCAAAAGCAGAGCCGCCCCCCAACAAUCAGCAGCGCUGCCUUCUGCUCCGAGGGAGGAGGAGUUUGCUGCUAAAAAAUGUUUUUAAUCGACCACACAAACGUGUUUUUUAUCGCAUAAAAGCUCCUAUUUGUGUUUAUUUAUUCCCCCCUGUUAAGAGUUCACAAUUGUAGCCUUUAAAGUUGUAUUUUGCCAGAAAUAUUCCAGAUUAAAUUAAAUCGAAUGAGCAGCUUCAGAGGCCUGCGCUCACCACUCCUUAAACUCAAUCCUCGUUUGUUAAGAAAAUCUUCAAUCCUUUUCUUUUGUUUGUUAUCUAAGAGUCGUAUUUUGUACUUAAAGCAGUUUGUGGUUUUCUCAGGGGUACAAAAACAUUUAAGACAAAAAAAAUAAAUAAAAGUGAAGCAAAUAUGGAUAACGUAAGACAAAAUUUACAUUUUAUAUCAUAUGCAGCGUAUAUAAAUAUAUAUAUAAAUAUAAAGUGAUAUGUGUAUGUCUAGAAACCUACAUAUUUGGCAGGCUUCAUUGUUUGAUGACUACUACUGGGCAUGAUUCUGGUGCGGUCGGCCCAGGUUCAACAGCCGAUUAAAGUUAGUAGCUGUGUGUUCACGUACGACUUUGAAACCAGGCUAGGUGAACGAAACGGAGGCAGGAGUUUUCACGAGCGCGCCAAAGAAUGCACCUAAAAAACAGCCCGUUUAAAGAUGAUUUAUCAGGAAAUGAAAUAAACCCAGCUUAAGGUGUAGUUCUAGACUUAAAUAUCCCCCCGAUGAACACACAGCACAGCUCCUUUUUCUCACAGCAGAGCUGGUACAACAGGGUUAUAGCGCUCACUCGUUUUUUAUGGUCCUGAAACAUCAGGAAGCAGGAGAGUCUGAUCACAGGUGCAUCUGUCCUCUUUGUCCUUCAGGUGUCAUAGUAGAACCCCUACGUUUACGAUCUACCAUAGCAACACACACAAUAAACUUCAAGAGAAUCCGAGAGAUGAAGUGUCAUGGCUGCCCACGAAACGUGGUUGUUGGCGUUCACGUGUUGCUUUGACAGACAAAUGUAAUAAUGGUUUCAAUAAUCAAUGUUCAGAGUAGCCUGACGUGGUAGACAGUGGUUUAUAGAUGAGGCCUCUCAUGUACGGCCUUAACAUGUAGUAGCAAAUGCUUCAGGCUGCACAGCAGAGAAGACGAACCGUCACACUCUCCUCUUCAGAAGAUUUCAUUUCUUUAUUCUCCAUCAUCAACACACCAGAGUCGACGUUCUUCAUGAUGCUGUGCAGCCUUAGCAAACACAAACUGGUUAUUCUAUAUUUACAGUGUGGCUUCAAUGCCCUCUCUAUGCUUUGUAGACUGUAGACUUUUGCAGGUUCGGAUUUUUUUAUCAAUAUCCAGUAGAGUAAACGCGCUCCUCUGGUUGGUUGGUUGGGUUGGUGGUGUGGGGGCUGGCUUCCAACCUACAAUGUGCUCUGAUGAUCUCUGGGUUUUGCAGCUGCCGGUUACAUUUAAAGUUUGUUUUUUUAUCCAUUUUUGAAUCCGGUUUUUUUUUUAAAUGAAGGACCAACAGUCCAUAAGUCAUUCCUGAUUGACCAUUCAAACUUCUUUAUCUAUGGCACUUUGUCCUGAUCAAGGUUACAGGAGUUGCUGGGGCCUAUCCCAACAGUUUUUAAGGACGGCUGAACUCCUCCUGAACAAUGACAGGCUAAAACAACCACAGUUACUCAUCACAACAGACACAAAAUGGAUAAAAUAAAGACCCAGCCUGUCCAACA